CAAAAGGCUAGGAUACCGGAAUCGUGCUUCAUCAAGCUACGGCAGCGGUGGACGCCGAGUUUUGUGUGUGUUUUCGGUCAUUAUUAAUAAACCGUCACCACGUCUUUCCAAUUUGCGCCUUUUGGAAAUAACAUGGUACGUGGUCGCGGAGGAAUGAUCAGAGGGGGUCGAGGGGGUAUGGGACGUGGAAUGGGUUUUCCACGAAAGCAAUUUCUACCCCGACACCCAUUUGACUACACGCUAUGCGAGGCGGCUUUCCCACGUGUUAAACCUGCUCCGGAUGAAUCUGAUUUUCAGUCAGCUCUCGUGAAGAAAAAUACUGAUAUGUGUCCAACGCCGAAGGAGCAGAGUUCCAUCUUAAACCUUGUAACUAAACUGCAGGGUGUCCUUGAUAAUCUGAUUGUUGCGCCAGGAACCUUUGAGGCUUGCCAAUUGGAAGAAGUAAGACAAGUCGGCAGUUUUAAGAAAGGUACGAUGAUUAAGGGCCACAACGUUGCUGACAUCGUCGUUAUCCUCAAAACUUUGCCGACGAAAACGGCAGUGGAAGCACUCGGGAACAAAGUCAAUAAUGACCUGAAGUCUGUGAACCCAAAGGAGAUCUUCAGAGUUAUGCAGACGGAGCGCGGAUUUGAUAUUGCUAACAAUGAAGCCACUGUACGUGUAUUAAUAACUACAUUACACCAAAAUCUACGCAAGCUGGAAUCGGAGCAACACUUGGAUGUCAAAAUUUGUCAAGGCCACCUUGCCGCUAUCAGACAUUCUCGUUGGUUCGAGGAGAACGCUCAUCAUUCUAGCAUUAAGGUUUUAAUUCGUCUACUUCGUGAUCUUAGAAGCAAAUUUGAAGGCUUGGAACCAUUAUCCCCGUGGAUGCUAGAUCUAUUGGCACAUAAUGCCAUAAUGAACAAUCCCAGCAGGCAAGCGUUACCGAUAAACCAAGCGUACAAGAGAGUGCUGCAGUUGCUCGCUUCCGGACUGUUUCUCCCAGGUUCAGCAGGUAUCUCCGACCCGUGCGAGGGUGGAAAUAUACGCGUGCAUACAGCAUUGACACUCGAACAACAGGAUCUCGUAUGUCUCACUGCCCAAACACUGCUGCGCGUACUGGCUCAUGGUGGCUAUAGACCAUUGCUGGAAGGCUCCAACAAACUUGCAGUAGAGAUGAGCGUGUGGGCAGGAGGCGUAGUGGCGAGCCCGUUAGAUAAGGCGUAUGAGCCACCCACGGAGCAAGAGCAGCAGGAAGACAUGGACGAAAGCAACGAGGAGAUGAUCACGGAAAGUGUUUAGAAUCUUGAGUUAAUGUAGGAACGUUUUGUCUGAGUCCCUCCUUUUGUACGUGAUGCUCCUAUUUUCUCGACGACGUUUCUCAAAAAACGUAUUGUAUUUAUAACAUAUUUGCACACAUACAUUUCAAUGACAAUUGAAUUCCAUUGACAAAAUUAUACUUUUAAGUUGAUAUUCGUAUCAUGGGCAAUUCGACGAUGAAAACGCGUUUCACGAAAUGUGAGAUUUGACAUAAAAUAAAGUAUAGAUUAAUGUGCGCU